AUGUGGCAGGAGUCUGGGGUGGGCAGCCAGCCAGAUGGCCCCACGCAGCGGAGGUCCGGCAUCUGGGUCCAGGCUGCUGCUGCCCUGUGGCCCAGGGUGCUGGGAGCACUGGGGGAAGAGACGCUGCGACGGGAGCUGGGGAGCGACACAGAGUAUCAGAUCUUUAAACCAUUAUCUGAUAACAGUUUCAAAUGUGCAUGUGAUGGGCACAUAGAUUCAUCAAUCAAGUGUAGUUGGAAUGAGGAACGACGGGAGCUGGGAAUAUUGAUACCGCGGAUCGAGUCAGAGGACAACGCCAUCAUUGCCCCCGGAGCCAGAGGCAUGCUAGAGAGAUCCCUGAAGGCCGCCGUCCACGCGCUCUACAUAGACACCCUGAAGAAAAAGACAGACCAGGGUAAGGCCUUCGAGGUGACCAGCAAAGCCGUCCGCCACGGGAACCAGGACAAGCGCUGCAGGAAGUGCGGGUACAUCGCCGAAACCCUACCCCACGUCCUAUGCAGCUGCAAGCCCCACGCCAGAGCCUGGCAACUGCGACACAACGCCGUCCAGGACCGCCUGGUGAAGGCCAUCGACCCGCGCCUGGGGGAAGUCAGCGUUAACCGCACCGUCCCCGGCACCGACCGUCCCCUGUGCCCAGACAUCGUCAUCACGGACGAGGUCGGAAAAAAGGUCAUCCUGGUUGACAUAACGAUCCCGUUUGAGAACAGGACCCCAGCCUUCCGUGAAGCCCGAGCCUGCAAGCUUGAAAAAUAUGCCCCCCUGGCUGACACCCUGCGGUCAAAGGGCUACGAGCUACAGCUGGAGGGCAUGCAGAUAAAUGUUGAGUUUCCGCUCUUCAAAACUGAUGCGAUCUCCCAUCUGAAACAAGAGGAUGAGCCAGGGGUCCCAGAUUUCCAUGAUUCAGAGGAAAGAGAGAUCCUGAGAGGUGCCUGCAUAGCAGGUGAUGGGAUGGUGAGUGAGAACGAGGAGAAGAAACCUCUGCAGGAAGAUGCUGAGCAAGUGGAACCAUGCAGGGCCUUGCUGCAAAGAUCUCAGGAGGACGUGUCCAGGAGUCAUGAGCAGAGAGAAGGUUGUGAGAGUCAGCACAGGCCAGAGAGGAAGCAGGGAAACAAGCCAAGGGAGAAAACAAAUAGCUCCAUUAAUUAUUGGGGACCUCAUGAGUACCUUGAGGUAACCAUAGCCCAGCACAAAAUCCACACAGCAGAGAGAAAUAACCCAUGCAGUGAGUGUGGGAAAAACUUCAGUAGACGCUCUGACCUUAUUAAACAUCAGAGAAUCCACACAGGGGAGAGACCUUAUGAGUGCUGGGAGUGCAGGAAAACCUUCACUCGCAGCUCAAACCUCAUUGCACAUCAGAGGAUUCACACAGGAGAGAGACCCUAUGAAUGCUGCCAGUGUGGGAAAAGCUUCAUUUGGCGCUCAAGCCUUAUUACACAUGAGAGAAUCCACACAGGUGAGAGACCUUAUGGGUGCUGCGAGUGCGGGAAAAAAUUCAUUGAGAGCUCAAAGCUUAGGAAACAUCAGCGAAUCCACAUGGAAGACAGCCCCUUUGAAUGCUGCGAGUGCAGGAAAAACUUCAUUCAGAGCUCAGACCUCAUUGCACAUCAGAGGAUCCACACAGGAGAGAGACCCUAUGAGUGCUGUGAAUGCGGGAAAAGCUUCACUCGGAGCUCAGACCUUAUGAGACAUCAGAGGAUUCACAUGGGAGCCAGACCUUAUGAGUGCUGUGAGUGUGGGAAAAACUUCGCUCGGAGUUCAGACCUGAUUAGACAUCAGAGGGUCCACACAGCCUAGAGACACUGUAGAUGCUCUGAGUGUGGGAAAGCUUGUCUCAGAACUCAGCCCUUACUUAUCAUCAGAGAAUUUGCAAGGGAAAUAAAAACCACAAGAACUUGAUCAAGGGCUGACAACAGGGUUUAUUUGUUUUUUUCUUUACUAGUUUUUGCUAAUUCCCUCUUAAAAGCUCUUUGAACUAGGUGGGUUUCCCAUUUUUCUCUUUUGUAGCUCAACAUUCUUUGGGAUUAAUCCUCUGCUCCAAUCUAUCAACUCCUUUGUUCUAUGAGUCAUGGGAACAUGUCUCCCUAUUAGCUCCAGGGGACGGGGUGACCUAAACUAGCUCCAUCAAGAGAAAAUUACCUGGCCCUCAUCUCCACUCGGUUUCCCAUUGCCUUAGCUCGCUUAAUGUAAAACCACAACUAUUCCUACAGUAAAGACAUAGCCUGUCUCAUAGUAGUUGGGGUGUCUAGCAGGUUUACUCAGAACUUCACCAGUGCUCCAUCAGUUUUCCUUGUCUAAACAACCCCGGAGCGUCUCAUUUCUACUGUUCCUCCCACUGUAAAGGGAUCGUUAGAGUCACCAAGUUCCCCUUUGGGAACCAAUUCUCUUAUUCCCAUUUUUCUCACACUGCUGUGGAUUGUGCUGAACAUCAGUUACUUGUUGUACCAUUUUCUCACUUAAAAUAUAUUUAAUUAUAACAAAGUCUGUGACACCCAAAGACAAUCAGGUGUGGUGGAGGGACAGUUUUUCCUAAUAUCCAACCUAAACCUCCCCCACUGCAACAUGAGACCAUUACUCCUUGUUCUGUCAUCAGGUACCACUGAGAACAGUCUAGAUCCAUCCUCUUUGGAACCCCCUUUCAGGUAGUUGAAAGCAGCUAUCAAAUCCCCCCUCAUUCUUCUCUUCUGCAGACUUCCCAUCAUCCCAGCAGUGUUUCCUUCUGUCUCAGCUGUAUAGAGUUUAUCUUCUUCAUAUUCUAUCCCUCCACCUUCCAUCGUUUCCCAAGACACAGUGUUCUGAGCUCUCCAUGCUUGGGAAUCAUGGUUCAAUUUCUUUGAUCCUAAAUCAGACUCAUUAGGUUUGGAGGUGAAAGUGUCCCGGAAGGAGAUUUUUUAAUGGAUCUAAAACCAUGUGAUCAUUCUUAGUUUAAACUCCCAUUUUUCAUCUAUAGGCAAAGCCACUUCUUGUCUUUUUCCUUCUGAGUUGGGAUUGUUUUAAGAUGGGAAGGCUGAUUGUUUUUUCCCAUUAUGAUGAUGCUAAAACUUUCCUAAAUCACAUGACUCAGUAACUGUGAGACAGCAUGGAGUGGGUGGGAUAGCUCAGUGGUUUGAGCAUUGACCUGCUAAACCCAGGGUUGUGAGGGGGCCACCUAGGGAUCUGGAGCAAAAAAUCAGUACUUGGUCCUGCUAGUGAAGGCAGGGGGCUGGACUCGAUGACCUUUCAAGGUCCCUUCCAGCUCUAUGAGAUAGGUAUAUCUCCAUAUUAUCUCGAAGCAGGUUUUAAAGGAUGAGAGGAGAUGAUGAUGGGAGAAUCUGUUGUCCUGAUUCUGAGUCAUCAGGGGUGUCCUGCUCUGGAAUUUAACUUUCUGUGGAACCAAAAGAUUCUUACCCCUAGGUGAGAGGUGGGUUUUUCUCUCUCCAGAAUGCCGUUUGGUUACAUAACUGGAUAUCAGUUUUGUUUGACUGAAUGUAACAGAUUUCCUGGGGACUUUGAGCCAAAUGGUAAAAAAGAUUUUAUUUUUUUCUUUUGUUUUUGUUAUUUUCCCACCCUGCCAUGAUGAUAUGGAGAAAGUCCAAAUGCAGUUCAGUCAACAGGAGAGAAUACUCCAAGUUAUUGGACAUGCUAACAAAGACAUAGCAGUGUGUUUAAUUCUCUGCUCUGAAAUCGUGAUCUACAGCAGACUCCAAACUGUGCAACUAACUGAAGCAAGUGCAGAUCAUCACAGGGAUGUUCAAUUGUUUAGGUCAAUAUUGUCUCAAACGAUCCAUGGAGCGUAAGUGACAUGGAACUGUGCCAAAUCCCCUUGUAUUUGGUUCUCAAACUGGUUGGGUCCCAGGUCCUACAGGAGGUUACUCCUGAAGAUCUCACCUGGCUAAUCUUGUGAAUUGGGACAUAGACUCAUAGACUUUAUAGACUCAUAGACUUUAAGGUCAGAAGGGACCAUUAUGAUCAUCUAGUCUGACCUCCCGCAUGAUGCAGGCCACAAAGCCGUCCCAACCCUUUCCCUUGACUCUGCUGUUGAAGUCCCCAAAGUCUGUGGUUUAGAGACUUCAAGUAGCAGAGAAUCCUCCAGCUAGUGACCCCUGCCCCAUGCUGCGGAGGAAGGCGAAAAACCGCCUCUGCCAAUCUACCCUGGAGGAAAAUUCCUUCCCGACCCCAAAUAUGGCGAUCAGUAGAACCCCGAGCAUGUAGGCAAGAUUCUCCAGCCAGACCCUCAUUGUCCAUUGAUACUAUUUACCAGCGAUGGCACACUGUUCAUUUGACUAAAAUCAUGUUAUCCCAUUAAACCAUUCCCUCCAUAAACUUAUCUAGCUUAAUCUUAAAACCAGACAGGUCCUUCGCCCCCACCGUUUCCCUCGGAAGGCUGUUCCAAUAUUUCACCCCUCUGACAGUCAGAAACCUACGUCUAAUUUCAAGCCUAAACUUCCCCACGGCCAGUUUAUAUCCAUUCGUUCUCGUGUCCACAUUAGUACUGAGCUGAAAUAAUUCCUCUCCCUCCCUGGUAUUUAUUUCUCUAAUAUAUUUAAAGAGAGCAAUCAUAUCCCCCCUCAGCCUUCGUUUGGUUAGGCUAAACAACCCGAGCUCCUCGAGUCUCCUUUCAUACGACAGGUUUUCCAUUCCUCUGAUCAUCCUAGUGGCCCUUCUCUGUACCCGUUCAAGUUUGAGUUCAUCUUUUUUAAACAUUGGAGACCAGAACUGCACACAGUACUCCAAAUGAGGUCUCACCAGUGCCUUGUACAACGGAAGCAGCACCUCCUUAUCCCUACUAGAUAUACCUCGCCCAAUGCAUCCCAAGACCGCAUUGGCUUUUUUCACCGCCACGUCACAUUGUCGACUCAUAGUCAUCCUGCGGUCUACCAGGACUCCAAGGUCUUUCUCCUCCUCCGUUACUUCUAACCGAUGCGUCCCCAGCUUGUAACUAAAAUUGUUGUUAGUCAUCCCUAAGUGCAUCACCUUACACUUUUCACUAUUAAAUUUCAUCCUAUUUUUGUUACUCCAAUUUACAAGGUCAUUCAAGUCUCCCUGCAGAAUAUCCUGAUCUUGCUCCGAAUUGGCAAUACCUCCCAACUUUGUGUCAUCCACAAACUUUAUCAGCCCACUCCUACAAUUGGUUCCGAGGUCAGUAAUAAAUAGAUUAAAUAAAUGCUGUCCCGAACUACGCAGGUGUGGAGGAAAGAGAAGUAGUGCUUUGCUGAACUCACACUUUGUAGUUGCUGCAAUUGUGUAUAAAAUGAAAUCAGUGUUGAAUGUGAGACAGUUGCAGAAAAAUAACUAUUUUCUAAUAGAAACCCACACCUGGUAACUUAGUGAGACUUGGAUUCAGGCCUGUAAUCUAGUUCCUAAUUUAGAUCUGUGACACCAUCUUAAAGAAAUUAAUUGGGCAUGUUUGAGAGGCCAUUCUUCACUGAAAGUAUUCAGAUUUUGGGUGGUCUGGUAAAGGAUUCUACCACAGAAAAGUGUAAAUUUACCCUGACCCAGGUGAAGGAUUUGCAAGACUCGGGUAGAAAUAACAGGCAUGCACUUGUUCAUUUUCACCCCAGAGAAGAAGUUUUGGUGCAUUAGGACCCAGGUAAAACUGUUUUUGGAACACCACUGUCUAGUACAGUGGCACUGAUUACAGCCCCAAAGGAUGCCAGGGUUAGAUUGGGAACAAUUGUCCUCUAACAUUUGGAUCCAAAGUUCCACGAGGCAAAGUGAGAAAGUUGAUGCCUUCAAAGGACAUUCCUUUCCCAUGGAUCCCAGUCUGGUUGCCUUGUCGGACAACAAGAACUUUCGUGCUGUGGAAGGGAUGGUAACCAAUGAAGGAAUGAAUGGGUCUGGCCCAGAGUUCAGACUACAGCAUUUACAGAUCUUGUCCCCUGAUUCUAUGCUUUUGUCUCUUAGUUUUGCUCUUGUGUCCUAUGCUUUUGGACCACUUCUCCUCCACCUCCUGCUACUUCGGAAGAUUACAAAGUGUGGAAAAAAAGUACAGGUGUUUUUUAUCAUUAUGCAAACCUGCCCUCCUAGGAGACCCUUUCUACCAACACUUAUGGCAGAAGACCCAGAGAUAAAUGAACUAUCAGAAGUGGAAUGCACCUAUAUUGGGGUAAACCAUAAUGGCUCACUUAGUUUCCUUUGAAAUCCCAGUUGAGACCAACACAUAUCAUAGAAUCAUAGAAGAUUAGGUUUGGAAGAGAUCUCAGGAGGUCAUCUAAUCCAACCCCCUGCUCAAAGCAGGACCAACCCCAACUAAAUCAUCCCAGCCAGGGCUUUGUCAAGCUAGGCCUCAAAAACCGCUAAGGAUGAAGAUUCCACCACCUCCCUAGGUAAACCACUCCAGUGCUUCACCACCCUCCUAGUGAAAUAGUGUUUCCUAAUGUCCAGCCUAGACCUCCCCCACUGCAACUUGAAACCCUUGCUCCUUGUUCUGUCAUCUGCCACCACUGAGAACAGCCGAGCUCCAUCCUCUUUGGAAUCUCCCUUCAGGUAGUUGCCGGCUGCUAUCAAAUCCCCCCUCAUUCUUCUCUUCUGCAGACUAAAUAAGCCCAGUUCCUUCAGCCUCUCCUCAUAAGUCAUGUGCUCCAGUCCCCUCAUCAUUUUCAUUGCCCUCCGCUGGACUCUCUCCAAUUUGUCCACAUCCUUUCUGUAGUGGGGGGCCCAAAACUGGAUGCAAUACUCCAGAUGUGGCCUCACCAGUGCUGAAUAGAGGGGACUAAUCACUUCCCUUGAUCUGCUGGCAACGCUCCAACUCAUGCAGCCCAAUAUGCUGUUAGCCUUCUUGGCAACAAGGGCACACUGUUGACUCAUAUCCACCUUCUCUACCACUGUAAUCCCCAGGUCCUUUUCUGCAGAACUGCUGCUUAGCGAGUCGGUUCCCAGCCUGUAGCAGUUCAUGGGAUUCUUCCGUCCUAAGUGCAGGACUCUGCACUUGUCUAUGUUGAACUUCAUCAGAUUACUUUUGGCCCAAUCCUCCAAUUUGUCUAGGUCACUAUGGAUCCUAUCCCUCCCCUCUAGCGUAUCUACCUCUCCCCCCAGCUUAGUAUCAUCUGCGAACUUGCUACUGGUGCCAUCCCAUCAUCCAGAUCAUUAAUGAAGAUGUUGAACAAAACCGGCCCAAGGACUGACCUCUGGGGCACUUUGCUUGAUACCACCUGCCAACUAGACGUGGAGCCAUUGAUCACUACCCAUUGAGCCUGACUAUCUAGCCAGCUUUCUAUUCACCUUAUAGUCCAUUCAUCCAAUCCAUACUUUUUUAACUUGCUGCCAAGAAUACUGUGGGAGACCGUAUCAAAAGGUUUGCUAAAGUCAAGGUAUAUCACAUCCACCACUUUCCUCAUAUCCACAGAGCCAGUUAUCUCAUCGUAUAAGAUUUUGCAAUCUUUAGGUGUGUCACUGGUACCAAUGAAAAAGAAAUUAAACAUGAAUUUAUUGGUUAAAGAGUAAAACGCUAAUGAUGUGAUAGCCUGAAUUAUAUUGGAAAACUGAAGUAUAUGUUGUUGUUUUUUCCUUUGUUACUAAAAUAGGCAAUGGUGGUUAAUCCUGAAAAGUUUAUUUGCGAUAAUUUAUCCCCCUUGGACAAAGGAAUUCUGACAUCAAACCUUACUCCAAAGCUUGGGGUGGGGAAAUAUGUUAAUGAAGUAAUGGAACUGAGAAUACAAACUCCAUAGAGAAUUUAAUUAUUUGUAUUUCAGAUGGAAUUCAUUUGGAUAAGGGCUAAAGUAAAUAUCUGUAAAGAGGAAAACAACUUAAGGACACAAUUUGUGUGACCUUUUCCCUAGUUAGAUUUUAAGGAUCAUGAAGUUCCCACCUUCUCUUGUUUGCAAAGGAAAGACGUGAGAUGUGUCAUGAGAUACACACACUUAUUAAUAAGGAUUGUGAUGGAUGCAUGACACAGUGAGUAUUUUAUCUUUUAAAAAUUCCUGCAACCCAUUUUUUUUUU